AAUUCUUUGCGUCAAUCAUUGCUUGUGGCUCUACAGUAAUUCUAGUAGAUACCAGAUAGCUGUAAGUAAACCACACGUUGUUGAGUCGGUAGCCAAAUCUAAACUACCGCCACAAUGAAAGAUGUUACGGGGUAUCUGAAAACACAACAGAGCAAGAGCUCUACACCGGAGAUGGCGGCAGAAUGGCACACACUAGAGGAGUAUUACAACAAAAAGUUGUGGCAUCAACUGACUCUAAAACUCACAGACUUCGUAAAAGAUCCUUGCUUUGCCACAGGAGAUGGACUCAUACAACUGUACGAUAACUUCCUUAGUGACUUUGACCACAGAAUCAACCCACUGUCUCUGGUGGAGAUCAUUCUGUAUGUUGCCCGGCAGAUGAAAGAUCCUAAGGAGGCUAUCACUUUCCUUGAAAAGACUAAGGAAAAGGUGAAGAGCAACGAUGAGUCUGUCAUCCUGUGUAAGACCUCUAUUGGUGCUCUUCAACUGGAGAUCAGUGACCUUCCAGCCACAAAGAAAUUAAUUGAAGAGGUGGAGGAGAUGCUAAAUAACUUGCCCGGGGUGACGUCGGUCCAUGGGCGAUUCUACGACCUGUCCAGUAAAUACUACCGCAUCGUGGGGAACCAUGCUUCUUAUUACAAGGAUGCUCUGCGCUACCUCGGCUGUGUCGACAUCAAGGACUUGCCAGAGACUGAGAAGCAGGAGAGGGCUUUCACACUGGGUCUGGCUGGGCUCUUAGGCGAGGGAGUUUACAACUUUGGAGAGCUACUGAUGCACCCAGUGCUGGAGUCCCUGCGGAGCACCGACAAGCAGUGGCUUAUUGACACCCUGUUCGCCUUCAACGGGGGCAACGUGGAGAAGUUCCAGGGUUACAAGGCUGCCUGGGGAGCACAGCCUGACUUGGCAGCGCAUGAGGCCCAGCUGAUGCAGAAGAUCCAGCUGCUGUGCGUGAUGGAGAUGACGUUCACUCGUCCCGCCAACCACAGGCAGCUGACCUUCCAUGAGAUCAGCCAGAGUGCCAAGAUCCCUGUAAAUGAGGUGGAGCUGCUGGUGAUGAAGGCCCUGUCUGUGGGUCUCAUCAAAGGGAACAUCGACGAGGUGGACCAGAAAGUCCAGAUGACGUGGGUUCAGCCUCGGGUGCUGGACCUACCGCAGAUCAAGGGCAUGAAGGACCGGUUGGACCUGUGGUGUGGAGAUGUGAAGAACAUGGCCGUGUUGGUGGAACAGCAGGCCCACGACAUCCUCACCUAAACGAGCCCCCCCCCCGUCCCUCCGGUCUUCCCCGGUCUCUCUGGCCCUGUCCAGAACAACACAGAAGGCCCGAAACACUUGCAGUGAUGGGAGAGGAUUGUAUAGGUGAUGUUAUGCCAUGAAGUUAGAUCUGUCCAACACUCUCAGAUCUCCACCAGGGUGCAGAGAACCUGUUUGUGUCCUCCUACCCCCUGCCACUUCAACCCUAGAACGGCGACCUUUAUAGGCACGGCACCGCAUGAAUAUCCCCUCUUCACCCCCCCCAUCUACCAGGUGGACUGAUGCAUCCAGUUCUUUCAGUUUUUCUUAUUUGUCUUUUUGUUGAGGUGCCAUGUUUGUUCAUGUUUUACUGUAACCGUUUAUAUCCAAAUAGCAGUAAAUAAAUAAAGGUUGUAGAAUUUUG